AUCGCCGCGGCGGGCAGCGCGGCGGAGGGUGCUGCCAGCGCCGCGAGGGAGCCGCGGGGUGCGCGAAGAUGCUGUCCUACAGCGUGCUGGACGCCAACGUGGUGGACGUGGAGAAGAGGAGGAACCCCUCGAAGCACUACGUCUAUAUCAUCAAUGUAACAUGGUCAGACCUGACCUCCCAGAUCAUCUACCGGAGAUACAGCAAGUUCUUUGACCUGCAGAUGCAGCUUCUGGACAAGUUUCCCAUUGAAGGAGGCCAGAAAGACCCCAAGCAAAGAAUCAUCCCUUUUCUACCAGGUAAGAUCCUGUUCCGGAGGAGCCACGUCCGAGAUGUAGCUGUGAAGAGGCUGAAGCCCAUUGACGAGUACUGCAGGGCGCUGGUUCGACUUCCCCCUCACAUUUCACAGUGUGAUGAAGUCUUCAGGUUCUUUGAGGCUCGCCCAGAAGACCUCAACCCUCCAAAAGAGUAAGUGCUGCAUGCAUUUCCACUUCUUCUUGGUUGACUGGAAGAAAGAUGAAGGUCAUUCACUUAAAUGCUACUGUAAGUGUGAGAACAGAUUUUGUAGCUUUCAAGCAGUACCUCAGAAAAUGCCCAGCAAUUAUGUAUAACCACUUGGGUGUGUGGAGGACAGAGAAGUCAAGCAGCCCUCAAACACAUUUUUCAGUCACCCCCACCCACUUUUGCAUUGUUUCUUGCUGAUGCUUCUAAUGAGGGAACCUCCCCUUGCUUGUGAGUUUUACCUGAUAAUUGUCACCAAGGACUCAUUUAGUUGGGGAAAUCCUGCCAGUAAGUACUUAGCUAAUAAUUACCAGCUGCUUCUUUAAAUGUACUCCUGCCCACUUUAAAUGUAC